CCCAGGGCUGUGAGUGAAGAUGUCACUGGCAAACACGGACACAGAGCGGGGGAUCUCUGGUGCCGAGUCUGAGUCCCCUUUCUCGGAGGUAAUUGAACUGAAUGUAGGGGGACAGGUGUAUGUGACACGGCACAUAACUUUGGUCGCUGUCCCAGACUCGCUCCUCUGGACCAUGUUCAGCAAGAAGACUCCAAAGGACCUGGUGCGCGACAACAAAGGGCGCUACUUCUUGGACAGGGACGGAUUCUUGUUUCGUUAUAUUUUAGACUACCUACGGGACCUCAACCUGGUACUGCCUGAUUAUUUCCCCGAGCAAAGCCGGCUGCAGAGAGAGGCUGAGUUUUUCCAGUUGCGGGACCUGUCCACGAGCAUCAGCCCCAGGAUGCGCAAAGAUAACUUCAUCAGUGAUGAUAUUUGCCAGAGCGAGACCGAGGAGGGUGCGCUCCAGUGCGGCAUAGGGUCCUUCAGCGGAAUGGAAACUUUGCGCAUUAUGUCCGCAAUGAGCAGCGCCCGCUCCCCGUCUCGCGAGUCCAGAAAGUCAGGGUACAUCACAAUUGGAUACCGGGGAUCGUAUAGUAUCGGUAGAGAUAUCCAAACCGACGCCAAGUUCAGGAGAGUGGCGCGCAUCACGGUGUGUGGGAAAACGUCCCUUGCCAAAGAGGUGUUCUCGGACACUUUGAAUGAGAGCAGGGACCCCGAUCGGCCACCGGAGAGGUACACGUCCCGUUACUACCUGAAAUUCAAUUUCCUUGAGCAGGCGUUUGACAAGCUGACGGAGGUUGGCUUUCACAUGGUGGCUUGUAGCUCCACAGGCACGUGCGCCUUCACUAACAAUGAUCCAAACGAGGAUACAAUCUGGACGAGUUAUAUGGAGUAUGUGUUUUGUCGGGACUAA